UAGGGUACCUCCUCCCCCUCUAUUCAGUAAACCACAUGCUAGCGGUAGUGAAAGCGCUCUAAAUCCAAGGUAACACGGUCCUACACUGCCGAAAUGCUUUAACGGAAAUCAGCACACCCCAAGAAAACAGAGGACGUGGCCAUAGGGAUGGUAGACAUCAGUUUAGUACAAUCGCAUCUAGACCAGACCCCUAGACGACAUUUAUCUAGACCGCGUUCCUAAAAUGACCCGGCAUCUCCGUCGCCUUUCUACUGCGGCUCGCAUCCUGCUCCACUCCCCCUCUCAGUUCUAGCUCAGCUCAGCAUCCAUAUUUUUCGCAUCCCUGUGUGUGAAUGUAGGGAGUGGCAGACCACAUCUAUCUGAAGUCCGGGGAUUCGGGGGACUAUUUCAUUUUGGAAGAUUAAAGUUAGUCGGCGACUACCUUGUGCAUUAUCGAAGGUGGACUUUGUAAGUCCUGCAGGUACCAUGGGGAUACUCCAUCACUACAACCACAUCUAGUGCCUCAGCACAAGCCUUUGGUUUUUGGGAAUUUGCUGCCUAUCAGCUGAGCACCAUGAACAUGUUGAAGUCAAGUGGACUGAAGAUUCCUGGCAGGGGUCCAAAGCACUCCAGCCCUGUGGGACGAACCACUGCUGGGUCCUCUUCCGGUCCUGCUGCACAAAAAGACAACCCUCCCCACAAGCCCACCACACCGACGGCCAGCAACGCCUCAGACAAGUCCAGCUCCAAAGCCUCCGAGGUCGGCGAUGACGUCUUGGGGGACUUUGUGGUCGGCGAACGGGUGUGGGUCAACGGCGUCAAGCCCGGAGUCGUCGCGUACCUCGGCGAGACGCAGUUUGCGCCGGGCCAGUGGGCCGGCGUGGUCCUGAACGACCUGGUGGGCAAGAACGACGGCUCGGUGGGUGGCGUGCGCUACUUCGAGUGCCAGGCCAUGCAGGGCAUCUUCACCCGGCCCUCCAAACUCUCGCGGCAGCCGACCGGGGACGGGGGCGACGGCCACGCCGGGGAUGCCCUCACGGCCCAGAACCUCCAGAACCUGCACGGCGGAACGGUCAACGCUGCCGGGCGACCGGUCAUGCCCCUGAGAGAGGGCGUCCUCAACAGCUCCGUGAAGACGGGCAACGAGUCCGGCUCCAACAUGUCCGACAGCGGCUCGGUCAAGAAAGGCGGCGACAAGGAUCUCAGAGUGGGAGACCGUGUGCUGGUGGGAGGCACUAAGACCGGCGUGGUGCGCUACGUGGGGGAGACUGACUUUGCCAAGGGCGAGUGGUGUGGCGUGGAGCUGGACGAGCCGCUGGGGAAGAACGACGGAGCCGUGGCGGGGACCAGGUAUUUCCAGUGCCAGGCCAAGUUCGGGCUCUUCGCUCCCAUCCACAAGGUGAUCCGCAUCGGCUUCCCCUCCACGAGCCCGGCCAAGGCCAAGAAGAGCAAGCGCGUGGCCAUGGGCGUGUCGUCGCUGGCGCACAGCCCCAGCAGCUCCUCCAUCAGCUCCGUCAGCUCGGUGGCCUCCUCCGUGGGCCGGCCCAGUCGCACCGGCCUGCUGACAGAGACGUCGUCGCGCUACGCCCGCAAGAUCUCGGGCACCACGGCGCUGCAGGAGGCGCUCAAGGAGAAGCAGCAGCACAUCGAGCAGCUGCUGGCCGAGAGGGACCUGGAGCGGGCCGAGGUCGCCAAGGCAACCAGCCACAUCUGCGAGGUGGAGAAGGAGCUGGGCGCGCUCAAAGCCCAGCACCUGCAGUACGCUGCUGAGGUAGAGGGCAACCUGCAACAAGUGAGAACAGUACUGGCCACCACUCAAAAGGACAAAUUGGAACUCGCCAAUCAGCUGGAAGAAGAAAAAAGGAAAGUGGAAGAUCUCCAGUUCAGAGUGGAAGAGGAAUCCAUAACCAAGGGAGACCUAGAGGGCAGAUGCAGACUCACAUCACCCUUGAGGUUGGGUAAGAGAAUCCAGCAAACCACGGUGGAGGAGAAGACCCGGGUGGGGCAGCUGGAGGAGGAGCUGACGCUGCGCAAGGCCGAGGUGGAGGAGCUGAGAGCGCGGCUGCAGCGGAGCGCGGAGGAGGCGGGGAGCGAGGCGUCGGCGUGCCUGACGGGCGGCGGUGGUGGCGGCGGGGCAGGCCUGAGCGCCGAGGCGCUGGUCCUGCGCGAGCAGCUGCUGUCGGCGGGCCGCGAGCACCGCGAGGAGAGCAGCCAGCUGCGCGAGCGCUACGAGACGGCGCUGAGCGCCGGCCAGCGCGAGGCCGAGCGCCUCAAGGCCGUCGCCGAGCGCCAGGCGGCCGAGAUCGCCGAGCUGCGCCAGCGGCUGCAGCAGGCCACGCGCGAGAACAUGGAGAUGAUGGACGGCUGGAAGGCCAAGCUGGACGGCCUGGCGGGCGACCACCAGAGGGCGCUGGAGGACCUCAAGGCCUCGGUGACGGGCGACGGGGCGGCCGAGGGUCAGGGCGAGGGCGGCGCGGUCGGUCCCACGGCCGCGCCCGAGGUGAGGCUGGCCAUGGAGGGCCUGCGCAUGGAGCAGCAGCUGGAGACGGAGAACCUGAAGGCCAAGCACGAGAUCGAGGUGGCCGUGCUGGCCAAGGAGCGCGAGGACUUCCGCACGCGCCUCCAGGAGCUCCGCGACCGGCUGGACGAGAGCGACGAGAACUGGCGGAGCCAGGCCGACGCCAAGAGCGGCCAGCACGCGCUGGAGCUCAAGGAGGCCGCCGACAAGCAGCAGAAGGCCGAGCAGAGGCUCCACGAGCUAGAGAAGGCCCGCGAGGAGCAGGCCCGGGCCACACAGCUCCUGAAGGAGAGGCUGGAGCUGGCCGAGAAGAAGAUGGUGGACUACGAGGCUCUGCAGAAAGCAGAAGCUCAGAGCCGCGCCGAGCUGCUGACCCUCGAGGAAAAGCUAAGAGUGAGCGAGAACAGACUGCAAGCCAUAGAGACUGACCGCACCACCCAAGACGCUAACGUGAUAGAGGAGACUGAUAAUGCCGAGGAGAAGAUUAAAUUAAAGCAGACUAUGGAAGAAACCGUGGAGAAACUUACAAAAAGAGAAAAAGAGGUCUCAACUCUUUCGACACAAGUGGAUGCUCUUCAGUCACAAAUUACUGCCUUGGAAAGCAAAGUCCGUUUAGGGGAGAAGAAGGCCGACGCCGUUCUGAAAGACAAGAUGCGCUUGGAGGCCGAGCUGGAGUCGAUGACCAAGAAGUCCCAUGAUGCUUCAGGGCAGCUUGUCAUCAUUAGCCAGGAGCUCCUGAAGAAAGAGAGGAGCCUGAAUGAACUUCGCGUGUUACUGCUGGAGUCCCCCCGCCACUCGCCCGGUGUGGACCGCGACCUGAGCAGGGAAGUGCACAAAGCCGAGUGGAAGGUGAAGGAACAGAAGCUACAGGACGACAUCAAGACCCUGCGGGAAAAACUGCUGCUGCUGGGUCGGGAGAAGGCGUCCCCAGACCACCGCAGGUACUCCAUGAUGGACCCGUCGCAGUCGGAGACGGAGGUGGCCCGUCUGCGGCAGAGGCUGCUGAGCACGGAGGAUGCCCUGCGGAACGCCCUGGAGCACAACCAGCAGGUGGACCAGCUCGUGGAGGCCAUGCGCACACACCCAGAGAAGGGCCAGGCCUAUGGUGGUGCAAAUUCAGCCAAUGGUAUUCAUCAACCAGACACAUCUCUCUCACCAGAGGAACAACACUGAUGAAGGAGGAAUGGAGGCCAAACUGAUUGUUUUGGAAACUGAGGAGGUACAUUGUAAAGAAGAAACAGCCAGUUUGAAGCCUAGACUUCGUACUAACGCUCCACUGGACACAUGAUUUUUUUUUUCAGUUUACAGUUAACACCAAAUCGACGACUAGCUGUCUCAAUAAACAAUCCAAAGCAUCGUAAUGAACGCCUAAUAUGCCCCUUGAGAGACGAGACAGAGGUGAUGCGGUUAUGGUACGAUCCUGCUGUUACCUGUAGACUACCUCCUACAUGGACAAUGUUGAUGUUUUAAAAUGAAAGAAAUUGGUCAAAUUAUGACAAGAGCUGUUGACAAAAUAUGCCAGAGCUGGUGACAGACCUUGGUUUGGCUUCAACAGAACGAACACAUGUGUAACCGGGGUGAUUGAUAAUUAGCCUCUAUUGAAACUUGUUUAAUUUAUUGGCAAUGUUUUUGUAUGAGACUGAUUACAAAGAAAAUUACAUUAAAGCAAAGAAGGGAGCCCUGUUACAUAUGUUUUCAAGGAACUGAGGUACAGUACAUGUUUAUCACUUAAGUAGCAUACAGAUGAAUACAAAUAAAAACAGUCUGCAGGAUUUGGUCAAGGCUAGAGUUGUGGUUUCCCAGUAUUUGGAUCUGUGUUAAAACUGUAUCUACAGUGUAUUCUACACAAUUCAACUCAACCUCUGUGUGCAGAAAUGCCAAAUAUAUGCCAGUCAUUCAAGUCACAGUCAUAGCUGUAAUGAGCUCCAUGGACAUCAGUGGGUGUAUGUACGGCUAUGGUUAUCGGUUUCAUAUAAAUGGGAAAAUAUUGAGACUAAUUUUACACUACAGAAGGGAGAUUCACUGUAGAAGUACUUUCUUUCUUACUGUAACUGCUAUGACAAGAGGAUGUGGGCAUCAGUGUCAUAGUCAGGUAUCUGGUAUAAUCUGGUAUGAAAUAGGCUGCAGUAGAACACCAUCUGUCAUCUGGCUCUAUUUGCAAUCUCCAACCCAAAUAUACAGAAUCUAUGUAUUCAGUCUUCCAAAUGUUAGUAUCUCAAAUUCAGCAAGAGUCCAUAGCCUUCAGACCAUUACUAUAUUUACAGUCAACAAUUGGUGGGUAUUUGGUCUUUGGAGAACUUUCUGUAGGUACUGUAUGGGCAGACCUAUUACGACUGGGGAAAAUUCUCUGAAGAUGAUAGGGCUGGCCCCAGGCGUUGGAAUUGAAGAAUCAAAAUGUCAUUGAACUUGAAAUAUUGCCUUUUCUCAGUUGGGAAAAAAUCUUCAUACUCUUGAUUGCUGUAAUGUCAUUAAAUAUUAACAAUAUGGACAUAAGGUUGUGUUUUUUUUAUUUCUUUGUUUAAAUUGGCAGCCAGAUUGGUGAUUAUUAUCCCAUUUGUUGUUUUUUUCCACGGGACUGGAGAAGCCAAGCAUCAUAAGGAAAUACAAAACGGGAGUCACUUUCCCGAUUGCAAUUCUGUACAAACUGCAAAAGUACAUAAUGAGAACCAAGGAGCAUACAGAAAU